AGGGCUGGCAGCAGAUCUGCUUCUGGGAGCAUCUGUGGACAGAAAGGCAGAGCAGAUGACUGAUAAAUGAGGAUCAGGGUGGUCCACAAAACCUGCAGAGUCAGAAGGAACACAAUUAGCCUUAUUUCCGAAGGGGAUGGAAAGUGCCAGGCUUAGUCUGGAACAGAGGCUGGGAAUAGGAGGCUUCCUGCCACUGGUGGUGGUCCAGAGCAGCCAGGAAGAGUCCUUUGCUCCGUUUGUGCAGAGCCCCUGCCUCUCAGUGGCAUUUGGUUGGCCACCUCAUGCCCUGGCCUGGCUGGCAAGAUGGUGCCCGCGAUGUGGAGGAGCCUGUCCAUUCGGCAUUAAGAAGGCAUCCCGGGUUCUGGGCAAGAGCAGGAGAGAUUAUAGUUUGGUGGGCUGGCAGGCAAGCAGGCGCCUGACUAUAUUCCUCCUAAGCCUCAGUCCAGGAAGCCAGGAUCCUUUCCAGGAAUGCCUUGGCAUGUGCGGGGCUUAGCUAAGCCUGGCGCCACCCUUACCCUGCUCCCCUUCCACCUCUCAUGAAGGGCACAGGGGUUGGAGGGCACCGGGGACAAGGUGCUGAGUGUGCCCUGCUUGCCCAGAGGGGAAGGGUGGCCCUGGGGUCUGUCUCCACCCACUCCUUGGAGGGGCCAGACUUUGGGUGGGAGACCAUCUGGGGGGAGGCAGGGUCCCUGCUGCGCUUCUGUGGAAGGACCCCUGGGGCACUGAGGUGGGCCCCAGUUCUGGGUCCGACUGUUUGGGUGAAGGGUGCACCCCAUCUGCAGCGCAGCAUAGGACGUGGCAUGUGGUACUUUGAACAGGUGCCGCGUGGAAGGGGUUAGGCUGCCAGCCGGCUAGCUGGCUUCUAACCACCUGGGAUGGUGUCUUCGUGGUCUUUCCAGAAAUGUUUGUUAGCAGAGGAGUGUGAGCGUGGGAGAGUCCUGGCAGGGAGGCCCUUUGCUUCCCCCGCAGUGGCGUCUUGGGGCUCCUCAGCCUGAAUUCAAAACAGGCGCUCCUCUUACCACCCACCACCCAUCCCCACCACCGUAGGUCUGAGGAACCGGGAUGUCCAGCUCCUCAGCCCCGAGAUGAAGCAGUGCCCCCGCAGCUCUUCAUGUGGGGCAAGAGACCCCUUCCUCAGGCAAAGCUUGUAAGGUGCAGAGGAAGGCAGGCUUCAUGUGGCUGUUAAGCACAAUCCGUAUCUGCCUGGAGAGGCAAAGGAAGACCUACGUUGCCUCUUCCCACCUUCUCUGCUGUGCAGAGUGCCAAGCAUUGCUACUGCCGUACCAAAAGCCUGUGCCAGGAGGAAGAGGAGGAUGAGGUUCCUUAGAUUAAUGUUGAAUAAUCCCCCCCCAUGCCAUCCUACAGAGGGAGGCGGCUGGCUGGCAUAGCACUGUUGCCUGGGCAGCUCUUUGCACUGGAGCCCACCUCCAGUUUGGCUUGUCAGCUUUUAGCACCAUUUGUCAGGCUGUGAGAGAGAUCCUCAUGUGAAGACUUCUGUCUCAGGACAGGAGGCAUUUGAGGAAGAGGAGGAAGGACACCACACCCCACAAGUGCGCGGCUUCUGGUCAGCGGCCAUAGUCCGUCCCGAGCUCCUCCUCCGUCCUUCUUUGGUGCCAAACUAAUCCCUUCCUAGCCCUAGUUUUAAACUUUGCAGCCCCACAAAGGACCUUGGUUGUUUUAGCAGCAGCCAAUAGAGGGGGAUGAUGAUCCCGUAUGCCAUCCUCUUGCUGUGGAUGCGACUGGUUUGGGGCUGGUCGCUCACUCCUGGUGAUCCCAAUGUCUGCAGCUACUGGGAAAGUUUCACAGUGCCCUCAAAGGAGUCCUACUUGCAGCCCUUCGCCCAGGUCUCCAUGGAGCCUUGCGAGGGAAUGUGGCCCUUUGUGGAGAAGACCUGCACCCGGCACAAAGUCCUCUACAAGGCUGCCUACAGGCAGAGCGUGAAGCUGGACUACAGGAGGCGCUACCGCUGCUGCCAGGGCUACUACGAGAGCAACAGCCUCUGCGUCCCUCGAUGCACCCAGGACUGUGUCCAUGGCAGGUGUGUGGCACCAGAGCAAUGCCAGUGUGAGCAGGGAUGGAGGGGCACGGACUGCUCCAGUGACUGCAGCAGCCUCUUGUGGGGCGCCCACUGCGAGAACCCCUGCGUGUGUCUGAAUGGGGGCAGCUGUGACCCCCUGACCGGGGCCUGCGCCUGCCCUCCAGGCUUCAGGAGUCCCUCCUGCCAAGAGCCCUGCGCCCAGGGCACCUAUGGCCCCGGCUGCCUCCUGGAUUGCCACUGUGAGAACGGGGCCACUUGCGAUGGGGCCACAGGGGCCUGCUUCUGUUCCCAGGGAUACGCUGGGCCACACUGCGAGCUCCCAUGCCUCAAUGGAACCAGUGGACUUCAAUGCCCAGCCCACUGCCCCUGUCAGAAUGGGGGCAUCUGCCACCCCCAAGAGAGCCAUACUUGCGCCUGCCCUCCUGGGUGGAUGGGCCCCAUCUGCUCCAUCCGCUGCCCCGCGGGGCACUUUGGCUCCAGCUGCCAGGGGGAAUGCCAGUGCCACAACGGAGGCCAAUGUGACCGUGACUCUGGACAGUGCCGCUGUGCGCAUGGCUACAUGGGAGAGCAGUGCCGUGAGGAAUGCCCCAUUGGCAAGUAUGGGCAGGACUGCCAGCAGGACUGCGACUGCACCAAUGGCGGGCGCUGCUUCCACAUCAAUGGGGCCUGUCUGUGUGAAGCUGGUUUCUUUGGCAGCCGCUGCGAGGAGCGUAAAUGCUCACCUGGCUUCUAUGGCCUGGGCUGCCACUUGCCCUGCCUCUGCCAUCCUGGGCACACACAGAGUUGCCACCCGCUCUCGGGCGAAUGCACAUGCAAGCUGGGUUGGACUGGCCUCCAGUGCAAUGAGACCUGCGCUCCAGGCUAUCACGGCCUGGGUUGCCAGGAGCCCUGCUUGUGCCUCAAUGGGGGAGCGUGCGACAGCGAGACGGGGCUCUGCCAAUGCCCAGCAGGCUUCACAGACAAGCACUGUGCCAGUCGCUGCCCAGUCAACUCCUACGGCUUGAACUGCACCCAGCACUGUGACUGCAAGAAUGCCUUGGCCUGCUCCUCCGUGGAUGGGGCCUGCGUCUGUAAGGAAGGCUGGCAAGGAGCAGACUGUUCUCUCCCUUGCCCCAUGGGCACCUGGGGCUCUGGCUGCAACGAGACCUGCCAGUGUGCUAACGGAGCCACCUGCAGCCCCGUCAGCGGCAAGUGCAUGUGUGCCGCAGGCUGGCGUGGCAGCAAGUGCCAAGACCCAUGCCCAGCUGGGUCCUUUGGCCUGGGCUGCAGUCAGAAGUGCACCUGCCAGAAUGCGGCUGGCUGUGACCCCUUCACUGGUCAGUGCCUCUGCCUUCCUGGGUGGACAGGGCUUCACUGCAGCCAGCCCUGCGGAGAGGGCCUGUGGGGGCCGCACUGUAGCCAGCUGUGUUCCUGCAAGAAUGGCGCCUCUUGCUCCCCGAAGGACGGGAGCUGCGACUGCAGCCCAGGCUUCAGGGGCCCCUCCUGCCAGCGCCCCUGCCAGCCGGGACGUUAUGGCAAGAAGUGUUCGGUGUCCUGUCGGUGUGCCAACCACUCCAUCUGCCAUCCUGUGGACGGAUCGUGCGACUGCCCUCCCGGGUGGAUGGGCAACGAUUGCUCGAGGCGCUGCCUCCCAGGGUUCUUUGGGGCAAACUGUAGCCAGCGGUGCACAUGUGAGAACCAGGCCGCUUGCGACCCAGAGGUGGGGAGAUGCGUGUGUCCCUCAGGCUUCACUGGGGCCCGCUGUGAGACCCGGAGCCCUGACCACCCGCUCACCAUGGUCCCAGCCGCGCCAGUGGGCUCCCCCUCCCUGGGGGCUGUCAUUGGCAUCAUUGUCCUGGCGGUCCUUCUGGUGGCCUUGCUAGCCCUCUUCCUCUGUUACCAACACCGGCAGAAGAUGAACAAACUGAACCGGCACAUCUCUGUGGCCUACACUGCAGGGAGGACAGGCAGUUCAGAGUAUGCCGUGCCAGAUGUGCCUCCCAGCUACACCCACCACUACUAUUCCAACCCCAGCUACCACACCUUAUCACCCUGCUGCCCAAGUCCACCCGUACCCAGCCUCCCUGAGACUCCUGUGGGCUCCAGUAAGUUCUCUCCCAUGAAGAGCCUGGAGCGCGAGUGGCCAGGGCCACAUGGGGCAGAGGGGAACGCCACCCUCCCAGCUGACUGGAAGCACCUCCAGGGGUCCCUGCCCCCCACCUUUAGCCUCACCUCGUGGCAGGGAGGAGGCCAGAUGGACCGCAGCUACAGCUACACGAACGGACUGGGGAAGUCUCUCAGCAAAGGGUAUUCCCCUGAGGAGGCCCUGUGCGGAAGCGGCAGCUCCCUGGGCAGUGAAAACCCCUACGCCACCAUCAAGGACCUGCCUGUUCUGAGCGGGCGGCCCUCGGAGAGCAGCUACAUGGAGAUGAAGUCCCCCGCAAAGCGUGAGCGGUCCUACGCGGAGAUCAGUCUCUCUGAAGAGCCCACACGGGUCCUGGAGGAGGAAGAGGAGGAGGAAGGUCGCAGCUGCUCUGGGGCAGAAGGAGCUGCCUUGCCAGGCCCGCCAGCUCUCCCGCCGAACCAUUACGACUCACCCAAGAACAGCCACAUCCCCAGCCACUAUGACGUGCCCCCCACCCGGCACUACCCGCCCUCACCGCCACUCCUCCGGAGGCAGGACACAUGAGGAUCCCCCGCCAGCCCACCCCUUUGGCUUUUGCCUUUUGAGAAGGACGAGAAGGGGGCAAACAACAGCCUGAGGAUCCUGGAAGAAGGUGGCCAUGUCCUUUGUGCCCAGGCAGUUUCUCUGGGUUGCUGGCGUUCUGGCAAUUCCUGGCAGCCCCCCAUGAGCUUCGUGGAGGUGAAACACUGAGCAUCCCAGCAAGGGCUCUGUGACGGCUCUUGCGACUGAAAACCUCCAAACUGAGCAGCUGCUUUGCCUCCAGAGCAGAGGAACCCUUUGCACAGAAGGAGUCGUUCAUGAGUCAGAAAAGAUGCCACCAUUUGAUUUAUUUUGCUCUUGCGCUUUGCCCUCAACGGCUGAGAGGACCCCUUGGGCCGAGCCCCUCUUUCUUCAGUGAUCUGGCCCAGAAGCCUCUGCUGUUUGCUUCCCGAAGUGGGUCUGGAAUCCAAGCCAUCAGUUUUGUCUCAUACAUUUUGUCACUGAACAAGACUUAACAGGGAAAUGUCCUGAGAGGGCCUUCCUGCCCUCCCUCUCCCCCCUCUUGCCCUAAUUUUUCUGGGAACUGCGAGUGCUGUGGGUGACAUGUGAAAUGUUUUGCAUAAAAGCCCCUUGCCCUGUUGACACCAAGGGCUGUUGUGCGCAGACACACAGACAGACACAGAGCAUGUGCCAAAGGUGCCAGGCUCACCCAGCCCUCCUGCCCUUGGCCUGCUGGCCUCCACUGGGAUGGGGAGCGAGUCCAGCUGCCAAGGGGGCUCUGAUGCUUCUCGGCUCCCGAAGAGAUGCUCACCUGGGCACACUCAGACCGGUGCCCCUCGCUGCUGCUUCUAUGUGGGGCAGGAGCAUUUCCACAACUGUCACAAUGGAGCCCAGCAGUAUUGGCUACCAUUUGUGCCAUUCAUGGCCAAAGCUGGACACCCCGUCUGCAAUGCUUUGCAGGCAGAAAGCAAUUAAGAUGGUUUUCUGGACAAUUAAUUCCUACAGAACUCUUCCCCCGCAACGUCCAAGCUGUGCUGCCUCCAAAUGACUUGUGUUGACCAUUAGGAGCCCAGUCUGUACCAGGGCCAUUGGUUGCAGCCUCUCUCUCUCUCUCUCUGCUGGACCUCCCCCCCCCCCCAUGCUUAGUUUCUCAUGGAAGAGUGACCGGGUGGCCCUCUGCCAGCCUAGCCUUUGCCUUGCUUUUUGUUGGAGGGCCCUUCGGUGCUCCUGCCUCAACACUGCAACUCUUAACAUUUGUACCCUAAGUUUCUUUCACUACUAUAUGGAUUUGGCCACUACAGCGUACUUUGAUUUCUGCUACCAGGCCUACACUGAAGUUCCUUAUGAGGCUAUGCUGGGUAAUGCAACCCAAAAUGUGGCUGCUGGUCCAGGACCUUAUCACACAUGGGGGGGGGGAGGAGGUUGCAGCUCAGAUCCGCAGUCACUCUGUUCUAGCAAUGCAAAGCAUGAUUUUUUUUUUAACCAGAUCCAGA